AUGUCGUACUUUAUCCGGAAAGCCACGAUUGAGGAUGUGGACAGCAUCUUGCAGCUGAUCAUCGCACUCGCAACAUACGAGAAGGCGUCUGACUCUGUCAAAGCCACUCCGGAGCUCUUGCGAAAAAAUCUGUUCGAUACACCCUAUGCGCACACGCUUCUAGCGUUUGCGGGAACGCCGGAGUCGCCAGAAACGGCGAUAGGAAUGGCGAUGUACUUCUUCAACUAUUCGACGUGGACCGGCAGACCGGGUCUUUACCUCGAGGACCUGUUUGUCGAUGAAAGUUAUCGUGGAAAGGGCGUAGGAAAGGCACUUUUCGCAGAAUUGGCCAAAGUCGCGCAGGAGAAGAAUUGUGCGCGUAUGGACUGGUCUGUGCUCAAGUGGAACCAGCCCUCAAUCGAUUUCUACGAGAAGAAGCUGGGCGCAGCAGCCAUGUCGGAGUGGAUGGGGAUGAGGCUCGAAGAAGAUGGUAUCGAAAAUUUGAAGAAACUAGCUCCAGGGACGUCAUAG